GAGAAAUGUGGGACAACGUAAUAAAUUGAGUGCGUGUCAGUCAUUGUCGUGAAUAAUUUCUUGGUGCAAUUUCUUGUUUCUUGGAGAAAAAGUAAAAUUGGUAUUUUCACGGUGAUAAAAUAGUGGUGAGGUAUGGCAGAUAUUGUUGAGAAUGUGAUGCAGCAGGCGGCUGAAAACUUAACAGAGACAACAGCGUCAAAUGGGAAGCCCCCAGCGAGUGUGGAAGGAACCGCCGUGGCAUAUGGAUCACUCGUUGUGAUGGCUAUGCUGCCCAUCUUCUUUGGCUCCUUCAGAUCACUCAAAGGUGGCAGCAAUUCACGGGCUCCGGAACGUAUGAAUUCCAAGGAUGCAAUGAUGUUUCCUGUGAUAGCUUCCCUUUCCCUCUUUGGGCUCUAUCUCUUCUUCAAAAUCUUCUCCCAGGACUACAUUAAUCUCUUGCUAACUGGCUAUUUCUUCUUCUUGGGCGUACUUGCGCUCUCGAGUAUGAUGAGCCCCGUCAUAAAUGUCCUCGUACCCACUUCCAUACCAAACAUACCGUUCCAGUUGCAAUUUACCCAAGGUGAGGGUGCCCAGAAGGAGGAUAUAAUCAACUACAAAUUCUCCUCAUACGACGUGGCGUGCAUUGUGAUCUCAACUGUCAUUGGUGUGUGGUAUUCGCUGCAGAAGCACUGGAUUGCCAAUAAUCUCUUCGGGGUGGCAUUUGCCGUGAAUGCCGUGGCCCUGCUUCGGCUAAAUAAUGUCGUCACGGGAUGUAUCCUCCUCGGUGGACUCUUUGUCUACGACAUCUUCUGGGUCUUUGGCACAAAUGUCAUGGUUACAGUGGCAAAAUCCUUCGAGGCACCCAUCAAGCUUGUCUUCCCGCAGGAUAUUCUCACAAAUGGCCUCAGUGCUUCCAACUUUGCCAUGCUGGGUCUUGGAGAUAUCGUCAUUCCGGGUAUUUUUAUCGCUCUCCUGCUGCGCUUUGACAUCAGCCUCAAGCGCAAGAGUAAACUCUACUUCUACGCCACAUUCAUUGCAUACUUCCUGGGACUCAUGAUGACCAUCUUUGUGAUGCACAUGUUUAAGCAUGCCCAACCGGCACUCCUCUACCUCGUGCCGGCCUGCAUUGGAACACCCGUGGCACUAGCACUCGUCAAGGGAGACAUUAAAACUAUGUUUGCGUAUGACGACAACCCAGAGGAGAAGAAAGAAGCAGCUGAGAAGAAGAGUAGCAGUAGUAGUGGCAAUAAAAAGGAGACCAAAAAGGCAAAAUAAAAGGUCCACCGUUUCCCUCCACAGACUGUCUACUUAGCGACCGCGACAGAUGCGCGUAUUGUGUUGAACACAUUGGACAGAGUGGUGAGGUGGGUGAGGCAUGAAAAAAUAUGUAAAUGUAAUUUGGAAAGAAAUACAACAAGACACUGCAAAUGUCGCGCACAAAA